AAAACGUCUAACAAGGGCAGCUAUAAAAGCUCAGCGUUUUUGGUUUCUCCCCCCUUUGCAACCUCCCAUUUCCUCUGGUGGGUUUUUGAUGCUACGUCCUCACCACAGAAUAAAGCAGAUCCUACACCGCCCGCAUACUUUCAGAACCGUUGUGUAUCGCCUGCUUUCUUUUCAAUCCUUGUCGUCCAAAACCAUGUCCACCAACCCAGGAGAGGUCUCGACACCCAAUGACUUGCAAAAUGGGCAAAUGAAGGCUGUAGAUGUGGGGGACAAGCAAAAAGUCCUUCUUUCAAAAGUCCAGGGCACAAUUUAUGCUACAUCGGCUAAAUGCACGCAUUAUGGGGCACCCUUGGAGAAGGGCGUAUUAACGUCGGAUGGAAGAUUGACUUGCCCUUGGCAUGGCGCAUGCUUUAAUAUCAAAACAGGGGAUAUCGAGGAUGCUCCAGCCAUGGAUUGUCUCAAGACUUUCAAUGUUCGUGUGGUAGGGGACCAAAUAUUAAUUAACGUGUCAGCUGAAGAGCUGAAAAAAAACCGGUCUCCUCCCAACCGAGGUUUACCUGUCCGUCGCCCGGACACCGCGGUGAUUAUCGGGAAUGGAUCUGGAGGACAAGCGGCGGCGGAGGCGCUUCGUGAGCACGGUUUCGAUGGUCGUAUCAUUGUUUAUGGCAAAGAACCCUACCUUCCCAUCGAUAGAACCAAGCUGAGCAAGUCACUCGAUGUGUCAAUCGACAAGGCUGCACUGAGGCCCGAUGAAUUCUAUAAGGAGCGGGGAAUCGAACUCAACACCAGCAAGGAGGUCAAAUCCGUCAAUAUUGAUGGAAGAAAGGUUGAACUGACGGAUGGGACGGUUCAAGAAUACAAGUACUUGGUUUUGGCGUCGGGAUCGCAGCCACGGACUCUCGAUAUCGAAGGCAACCACCUCAAAAAUGUCCACUACCUGAGAUCUCUCAUCGACGCCACCGCCUUACACUCUGCCAUCAAAUCCUUCGAAAAGCCGAACGUUGUGAUCAUCGGCACCGGGUUCAUUGGAAUGGAAGUGGCAUCGGUUCUCGCCAAAGAUGACAAGGCCAAUGUGACCAUCGUAGCCAGGAGCGAGGUACCCUUGAAAAGUGUUUUAGGCGAAGAAGUUGGGAAAUUCGUCAGAAGAUGGCAUGAAGAUCACGGAGUGAAAUUUAAGGCGAAUGUAAACCCGAAAAAGUUUACUCCGUCAGACGUAGAUCCCACAAAGGUCGCCUCAGUACUCUUAUCAACCGGUGAAGUACUUCCAGCCGACGUUGUACUUGUAGCCAUUGGUGCGACCCCCGUCACGACUUACCUACCCAGCGUCCUCCUGAACGACGACUCAUCGGUAACCGUAACACCCAACCUAUCCGUACCCAACCACCCAGAACUAUACGCAGUGGGCGAUAUUGCACGAUUCCCAACUCCCAUGAAUCCCAAAACAACCCGUAUCGAGCACUGGAACGUAGCACGCAACACUGGGCGUCUCGUAGCCCGGAAUAUUGCGCUCUCGUCUCGUUCGGAGCCUCUUCAAACCUUUAACAAAGCACCAUACUUUUGGACGGCGCAGUACGGUAAAUCCCUGCGAUACGUUAGCACAGCUCCGUUUGAGACUGUCUUUGUGCAGGGUGACCUGCAGUCACAGAAGGGAGAGGACACGGCAUUUGUUGCGUGGUAUGCAAACGGGGACAACAUUGUGGGCUGUGCUAGUUUGAAUAAGGAUCCGAUAGUGAGUCAUGUGAGUGAGUUGUUGAGGUUGGGCAGGUGUCCUACCUUGAGUGAGAUUAAAGCUGGGAAGGAUGUACUAAAAGUGGAACUUGGCCCUGCCAAUCGUCUUUGACUAGGUUAACGUCGCUGGUACGAGAGCGUAUAUUGUCAGAUAGCUGCCAACAUAAACAAAGUCACGUUUUGUUCUGAACAAUACCAUAAAAUAGUGACUGGUUGCCUCCCAAAGACACUCCGCUGACCUCUGCUGACCAAACUCCUCAAGUUCGAUUAACCUUUUGGUGGCGGACUCUCCAAACUUUGCCCAUAACCACUUGCCCAAGUCGAUAACAAUCCGUAAGUUCCAUCUCCCUCGUGGCGAAAUGUGACGGAAUGACAAUGCAGGAUCCCCGCAAUCUACGAUUCACCCAUCAAUACCCAUCCACCCGCCAACUUGGAACUUGCCAUCGAACCGACAACAAAAUCUUUUUUUGUAGAUGUGCAGACUAUAUAUCUCGCAACCGCUCAAGUUGCCGUGGUCCCUAAUCUUGAUUUCCCCAUUCUAUUAAAAGGGGGUCAGCUUUUUGUGUCGGUUUAUGGAAACGAUCAUAAUUGUAGGCAAUGGUUCCCAUGUGCUCGCGAGGCUUUUCAUCGAUUGCUGAUUGUGUCCGGAGUGAGCGUCGGGCUAUGAAACGCAUAAAGGAGCAGAAACCGAUAAAAGGUAUUCUCGCGCCCUUACCCAGUCUUUACGGAUACCAUCAUUGAGCAAGCCUAAACACUUGAAAUCCCAUCACACAUCCAUCUCUGCGUCAGAGGUAAGUGGGUGUCAAAGAUAUUUCUUUCAUAGACUUGCUUCUGGAAGACUCGCUCUUGAUCAUGAGCAACGUACAGAUUUUAUGUUUCCGUAGCGUUAUCGUCGGCCGACGAGAACCAAGUGGCUGACUGAGUGGAGCGAACUUCAAAACUGUACAAGAGCAACAUAAAAUCACCAUGGAAAACGUCAAGGAGAUAUCUGUUUGACUAUUCGCUCAUUUUUCAAAUCCUUCUAUAAUAUACACGUCUUCCUCC